AUGGGAGAUUAUGCAACAAGAAUUACAAUAACCCCACUUACAACAACAACAAAUAAUACACCCAAAGCAAAUUCUCUACGUUUCGUACGACCCGGACGCAGACCGAGGAGAAAACCACAAAAUAAUUCCUUUCAAUGUAAAAUUUGUCAAAGAUUUUUUUGCUCAAAAAGUGGAUUGCGUCGUCAUGAAAAAGUGCAUGCUGCUCCCGCACUGCAAUGCUGUUCAGAGGUUACCGUAUCGGCGACUAAUGAAAAAUCCAAUAUGAAUUUAUUACAAAAUAUCUAUAAUCGAAUGUAUCCAUCAAAUCGUGGUGAAUCGGCAAGAACGAGAACAACAACAUCUGGAGGAGAUACUAAUGGCGAUAGCAAUAAUCCGAAUUCGAUGUGGAUACCCAUGGUUGAAAUCAAUGUGGAAAAUGAAAACAACGACAACAACAACAAUCAAAACCAGCUUUCAAAGGAAAUUAAUAAUAAUAAUCAUUUGGAGAUAUCAAAUAAUUCCAAUGUUGCAAAUAAUUUUGCCGCAAUUCAAAAUCCAAAUAAUUCGAAUAAUAAUCAAGAAAUACAAAUACCGAAUAAUUCAAUAAUACCUAUUCAAAACGAUUUCAUUACUCCCAAUAAUAAUGCAAUAAUAAAUCCAUUGAACCCAAUACCAAAUAAUACCAAUAUGCCCAAUAGCAAUUCAUUAAUUGAAUUGCCAAAUAAUUCGAAUAUUUCGAAUACUAAUGAACAAUAUCAAAUAUUGGCAAGUCAUAUUUUAACAGUGGAUUCAAUAUUACCGCCAUCAACAAUGCCCCUCAAUACAGAUCCACUGGCUUUGCCAUCUCCUCCAAUUGAAGAACCCUUGUCAGAUAUUUUUAUUAUCGAUGAAUUUAUUGAUGAAUUGGAAGAUAUUAGUAAUCUAUCGGCGGAUUUUAAAUAUAAUAUACGUAAGAAAACCUCAAGUAUUGGAGGAGGUGGUGGUGGUGUUGGUAUGGCUACAACAUCUACGCCCUCUGCUAGCCUUUCCAUUACCCUGCUACAGGCAGUGACAAAACAAGAGGAGGAGGAGCAGGACAACAACAUUAUCGAUGAUAGCCAGAUUAAGGUGGAAAGUGAUAGUUCCACAAUGGAUACCGAUCUAUUUCCCAACUUCUCCACGGAAAAUAGUCAAAGUAGUGAAGCAAUGAAUUUUCGGGCUAGCAUGGAACCCCAGCAACAACAAUCAAUAACACCAACAACCAGCGGCGGCAGUACUGCUGCUACUUCUGCUGUCAACAACACCGCCUUAAUUGCCCUCCAACAGCUAGCCUCCAUAUCCUCGACGCACAGCAUUGAACGUUUGCUGCCACAGCUGCCCAAGGAUCUGUUGGCCCACAACGAGACGUUAGUAUAUGCCGGACGAACAGGUAAACGUUUACCGCGUCAAAGUUCCAAGCGUCUGCCGCAAUUCGAAACGAAUCGUUGUCCGUUAUGUUCGCGGGUCUAUCGUUCGCAGGCCUUCCUCAACGAGCACAUGCGCAAGGAACAUUCGGUUUUAAUUUAAACAAAAAAAUU